UGUUAAACCAUAUUGCAUGGUAAAAAGCAUUCGGUAUCGAUGAUUUUAACCUUAAUGUUUACAAAAUGCUUAUAUUGUAAGCAUAUGAAUUUUAUCACAAAAUAGUGAACUUACUUAAAUAUUCAAAGAGUGAAAUAAAGUUAAAAACAUGUCUUAUUUAACGAGAAAAGAAAUAGACGAAAUGAAGCCGCAGAUCGAGAAAGCGGUUCAUAAAUUUCUUGGCUUUAGUGAACCAGCUAUUGUUACUACAGCCGUCAACUGUAUUACUUCUGGCUAUGAUAAACGUAAAACAGCAGAUAAAUUAUCGGCUUUAUUAGAAGAUAAGAAAGCUUCUAAGUUGACAGAAAAGAUAUUUACGAUAUAUGAUGAU